UUUCAGCACGGAUUGUACUAAACUUGCGUUGACACUCAAAAAAUUCUAGAGGUCGCGGAUUUUGAUUUUGCUGCGCCGAAACGGUCUCGAUCGUUUGUGCAUUACCUAAUCUAACCGUUAGAACAUACGCGCGGGGAGAAAUACUUGCCAGUGACGCGUCAGGACUUGUGCAAGACAGGACUCAUGUUUGUUGACGGCCGAGGAAGACGUUGUGCUCUAAACGAGAAUCUGGUGGAACAACUGAUCGGAAAUGGGUGCACAUCUGACUUGGAGGAGGAAUCGGACGAGGAACAACUAAGCGAAGCUUUUCUGUUUCUGGAAAAUGAUGCAGAUAGUCCACACAACGGUGAAGGGGAUGAGUCUAAUGAAGAAAUUGGAGUCCCCUUAGCACAACACGGGCAAUUAAAUGUGACAGAGCCUAGAAACCAGCCAGCAGCCUCUACCAGUGGUCUACCAAUGCAAGAAAGACGCAGAAUUUGGCGCGCAACUAACUUCGAAAACAAAUGCCAUGAUUUUCCACCAAGAGUAACAGCUGGUGAGGUAAAUAAAUUAAGGCUAAGGACUUGCUGUGGUUCAGAUUGAACCUUGCUGAUGCUCUGAUUGCUUCGGUUCCUCAGGCUGAUCAAGUUUUAGAAGAUGAAGCUCCUAUUUCUGAACCAUCAACUAAAAGAUAUAGACCAGCUGUGGUUCCAUCGUCAG